AUGGAUAUGAAGAAUGCAUUUCUCAAUGGCGAUCUCACUGAGGAAGUUUAUAUUGCCUAUGAUUCUGCCCUUUUUAUUCGUAAGAUAGAGCGUGGUACAAUUCUUCUUCUUCUCUAUGUAAAUGAUAUGAUCAUCACUAGCGAUGACACAGCAGGUAUCUCUAAUCUCAAACAGUUUCUCAGUUGCCAGUUUAAAAUGAAGGAUUUGGGUCUUCUCAGCUAUUUUCUCGACUUGGAAAUCUCUCUUGAUUCGUCUGGUUACUCUCUCUCCCAAGCCAAAUAUACUUCUGAGCUCUUGGCUCAUGUUGGUCUUACCGAUUGCAAGACUGCCUCUACUCCCAUUGAUCCUCAGACUCGUCUCACACCUCUUGACAGUCACCUAUUGUCUGAUGCUACUUUAUAUCGUCAACUAGUUGGCAGUCUUGUCUAUCUCAUGAUUACUCGUCCAAACAUGGCUUAUGCUGUUCACAUUUUACAUGCAUUUUCUGAUGCUGAUUGGACAGGGGACCCUACUGAUCGCCGUUCUACUACAGGAUUCUGCUUCUUCUUGGGUGACUCUCUUAUUGCCUGGCUUAGCAAGAAGCAAACUCUUGUUGCUCGUUCUAGUACUGAGGCUGAGUAUCGUGCUCUUACUGACACUACUUAG